AGUCACCAUAUUCAUCACCUACUUGUUCAACAAAAACCACCAUGUUGUUGCAAUUGCAUUCACUCACCAACCAUCAAACUUCACCCUCCCCUUCAUUCCUCCCAUUUCCUUCCAUUUCCAAUUCCAAUGGCUUCCACAUCCACCCAAUUAUCUCUAUCCCCAUCCCUCAAACAACCAAUUCACCUCUCCUCUCUUCAAAAUCCUAACUUUCUUCACCCCCACUCCUUAUUCUCCCACCCCACCAACCAUUUCCCAAAAAUUUCAUCUCUUUCUACACCUCUUAGGUCACCUAUAUGCGCUAAUUCAUCUCAACUCAUGGACCCCUUUUCAGCAAAAACCCAACCCGGAACUCCCACCACUGUCAACGUUGAUUUGGGUGAUCGGAGCUACCCCAUUUAUAUCGGAUCCGGUUUGCUCAAUAAACCCGAGCUUCUCCAGAGGCAUGUCCAUGGAAAGAAGGUCCUUAUUGUCACUAACACUACAGUUGCACCUUUGUAUCUAGACAAGGUUGUUGAGGCUUUAACAAGUGGAAACCCAAAUGUUUCUGUUGAAAGUGUCAUUUUACCUGAUGGUGAGCAGUACAAGGACAUGGAUACUCUUAUGAAAGUGUUUGACAAGGCCAUUGAGUCUCGAUUGGACCGGCGGUGUACUUUUGUUGCUCUUGGAGGUGGUGUGAUUGGUGACAUGUGUGGCUUUGCUGCCGCUGCGUUCCUAAGGGGUGUUAAUUUUAUUCAGAUUCCAACCACUGUUAUGGCACAGGUUGAUUCUUCAGUUGGUGGCAAAACUGGGAUAAAUCAUCCCCUUGGGAAGAAUCUGAUCGGUGCUUUUUACCAACCUCAAUGUGUGCUUAUAGACACGGACACAUUAAAUACAUUACCAGAGAGGGAACUAGCAUCAGGAUUUGCAGAGGUUAUAAAGUAUGGGCUCAUUAGGGAUGCAGAAUUUUUUGAGUGGCAAGAGAAAAAUAUGCAGGCUUUGAUGGCUAGAGAUCCUAAUGCCCUGGCAUAUGCUAUAAAGCGGUCGUGUGAAAACAAGGCAGAGGUUGUGUCCUUGGAUGAGAGAGAAGGUGGAAUCAGAGCAACAUUGAACUUGGGUCAUACAUUUGGCCAUGCAAUAGAAACUAGCGUUGGCUAUGGGAAGUGGCUUCAUGGAGAGGCCGUUGCUGCUGGCACGGUAAUGGCUGUUGACAUGUCAUAUCGCCUAGGAUGGAUUGAUGAUUCUAUUGUGAAGCGAGUCAAUGACAUUUUGAAACAGGCUAAGUUACCUAUUGUGCCUCCCGAAAUUGUGACUGUGGACAUGUUUAAAUCUGUAAUGGCGGUUGAUAAGAAGGUAGCAGAUGGACUGCUGAGACUUAUCCUUCUAAAGGGUUCUCUAGGAAGUUGCGUUUUCACAGGGGAUUAUGACAGGAAGGCUCUAGAUGACACACUUCAUGCGUUCUGUAAAUCUUGAUCUUCCGGCUCGAUGUUUCUUUUGUAGUGAAUGCUUGUAAUUCUUUGUAAUUUAUAGUGAUGAAUGUUUGUAUGUUGUGAUAACCUCACCUGUAAUUUUCCAGUGUACUUGGGAUGCCACCCAUGGUCCCAAUUAUAUAGGCAAGAGAGUAUUACAAAGUUGUAUUGUUAUAAGUUGAGCCAUGAUCAAUAAAUGGUUAAGUCAUUAACCUAAA